AUGUCGGGCCCCCGCGAGGAUCGCAUCCGAGACCUCUGUGACGAUCUAGAUCUUCGAAAAUUUAUUCAUAAUGAUCUUGUUCUAAAUAGACCAGAUGACAAGCAGGGGAUCAAAGAAGCUGCGGAUUCGAUCAAAGAGACCGAAACCGAACUUGCCAGCCUACUCGCUCCCACCCCUCCGACACUCACCACUUCUCCCACAGCUGAACCUAAGUCUGCCUUCGCAUCAUACACGUCCUUCAACGGUGCCGGCGAUACUCCUCGUUCCAAUACUACAGAGUCGUCUCACUCUUCCAAAACCCAAGACCCGUCAACUUUGUCUCCACAGCAGUCACCUUUCCACAUUCCCAAUGAAAAACUCGAGGAAGGAAAUCACGUCUCUCGUAAGAGAGCUCGUGAAGAUACAACGAGUCCAAUGCCUCAAACACAGCGAACCAGGUUGAAUAACGGCAUGUCGGACUGGACAUCUUACCGUGAGAGACGUGAGUCUUUGAGUCUCACACCUCAACCAGAGCAAAUGAAAUGGGAUGAUGACUAUGAAUCCCAUCCCGCGAUCCGGAAGCUGGAGAAGGAACUCAAGACAAGUCUAGUCGAACUCCGUGCCAAUUUCUCCGAUUUGAGAGAGCCCGAAAACGUUGCUUUGACCAUGGAAAUAGAGAACCAGUCCGAAGAACAGGUUUUGCAAGCUAUCCGUGAGGAACAGUCGGAGAAUGAGCAAGUUAUUAAGGCUAAAUUCCAAAUUGCAAAGGAUCUCGCCAUCGCACGUAUCCUCCAAGAGAGGCCCGACAGUGAAGAUGAACAGGAAUCACCUCAGCCAUAUGCAAGACCGCAAAAUUUAAUGCGGUCAACUCCACCUAUUCGGCAAAAUUGGAUGGACCCUACCAGUGCUAAUAUUCCUUGGACCGCGUUUAGUACUCCCGCCACUGGGUACACUACUCCUGGGUAUCCUGUUACACCGUAUAUGUCGAAUACAGUGGAUCUUACCGGAGAACAAACAUCUCCAUAUGUGUCAAAUACUGCGAAUCUCACUGAAGAACAAGCUUUCAAACGUCUCGUACAAGCUAUGGAAAAUGAUGAUGGAGAUGAUGAUGUGCGCCAGUACGAAUCACAGCAUUUCCCGAAAGAUAUCAAGACACUUCUUGAGGGAAUCACAGAUAUCAGGAAAGCCAUGGAACACGAUCAUGAAAUCCCGCCCACGCUCGAGGUUAAGUUAAUGAAACAUCAAAGAAUCGGUCUCGCUUGGAUGAAAGCAAAGGAGCACUCGAGUCACCGUGGGGGAGUUCUAGGCGACGAUAUGGGUCUUGGAAAAACCAUUCAGGCGAUCGCGCUGAUGGCUGCGCUUCCGGCUACUAAACCAGAUGAGCAUCCGUCUUUGAUCGUUUGCCCCAAGGCUCUGAUGGACCAGUGGCGUCUUGAGCUUGCGAGACAUAUGAAGACCGGAUAUAAGUUCAGCGUGCUCAUAUUCCAUGAUAAGACACGGAACACACCUUGGGAUGAGCUCAAACGAUAUGAUAUUGUCAUAACUACCUUCGGCACUCUUGUGGCCCAUUACAAGGCGAUCGAGAAGGCAGACGAGAUGCGGUUAAAAUUGAUGAGACCGUCAUCCGAAUGGAAGAAAGUGCAGGACCAAGCCUAUAUGUAUGGUCCCAAAGCCAAGUGGCACCGUAUAAUCAUUGAUGAGGCUCAGAACAUCAAGAACUCUUCGACAAAAGCAGCGAAGGCUUGCCGACGGAUACAGGCUAGAUAUCGAUGGUGUUUGACAGGAACACCGAUGAUGAACGGCCUGAAAGAUUAUGGGUCGCUAAUUCAGUUUCUUAAAAUUCGCCCAUAUUGUUACACAGACGUCUUCAAGGAGAACUUUAUCAAGAAAGCUGCAAAUGAGAACGUCAUGAAGCAAAUGCGAAUUCUGAUCAAGUCGACAUGUCUACGACGUACUAAAGCAUCGAAGCUUGAUGGCCAGCCUAUCCUUGUACUUCCGGAAAAGCUUAUCGAAACACACUUUGCGGUGCCAGUUGGAGCUGAGAAGGAAUUUUAUCAAAAAUUGAGCGACAAGAGCACACGGGAGGUCGAAAAACUUAUGGAGCGAGGAAUUCUAGGAAAGAACUUCUCCUACGUCCUCGUACUGAUUCUUCGCCUUCGGCAAGCAUGUUGCCAUCCGCUCCUGAUUGAAGGUUACGAACCCGAAGCACAUGUUUUGGGACUCGACGAAGAUGAUCUGAUGAAAAACGCAAAUCUUCUGAGCCCAACGGUCGUAAGCCGAAUUCUGGAUAACGAAGAUACGACUUUUACGUGUCCCGUUUGCAUGGACACCGCGACUAACUACAUCAUCUACAUCCCAUGUGGGCAUUCGGUGUGCUCAGAAUGCUACGUGCAAAUUUCCGAUCCUGCGUUGUUGGCCCGGCUUUCAGAAGAUGGCGCGGAAGUGAUGAAGUGCCAGAAUUGCAGAGGUCCUGUUGAUCCCACAAAAAUCACAGAUGCCGACUCUUUCAAACAUAUCCACGUUAAUGGCGGCGGGAAAAUCGAAAGGGUUGUCAAAGAAGCCAGCAAGGAUGAGAAGAAGGAUGCAAAGAAGCGUAUCAAGGAUUUGGAAGAAGUUUGGGUUACCAGCGCCAAAACUGAUAAGACCCUGGAAAUCAUACAGAACAUCGAGAGAGAUGGCAAGGGAGAGAAAACUCUUGUGUUUAGCCAGUUCACCUCCAUGUUGGAUCUGCUCGAGAUUCCGAUCAAACGAGAGGGCCUUAAAUACGUCCGCUUCGAUGGAACCAUGAAUAACGAGGCACGUAAUAGGGCCAUUCAAACCUUCACUGAUGACCCAGACUGCCGCAUCUUUCUAAUUUCAAUGAAAGCUGGUAAUGCCGGCCUCAACUUGACAAUGGCGAACCAUGUAAUCAUGUUUGAUCCUUUCUGGAAUCCAUAUGUGGAGCUGCAGGCAAUCGACCGUUGCUACCGAAUCGGUCAGACCAAGAAGGUCUUUGUGCAUCGAAUUUUGAUCCAGAACUCAAUUGAAGACCGUAUCAUCGAACUUCAGGAAAACAAGAUGGAGCUCAUUGAAGGAGCACUUAACGAGGGUGGCAAAUACGAAGUCUCCAGCCUAUCCACCAGGGAGAUGGCGGGCCUCUUUGGAAUCAAAAGCUUCAAUUUCUGA